AUGGAAUAUCAAGAUGUUCAACGUGUUGUUUCUCGAGAACUUUUUCGAAAUGUUAAUUUAUCUUAUAGAUUUGAUGAUGUUUGUUUAAGACUUGCUCUUCAAUCAGAUCCUGGUUUUCGCUGGUGUCAAGGUGGAUCCGAAUGUGUAUCCGGACAAAUUCAUAUUGGAGGAGGCAAGUUUAUUAUAUCUGAGAUUGAUUUUUUAAAACCAACUUGCUUCACGCAUAAUUCACCUUGGCAUGAAGGUUUAACUUGUCAAGAAUAUGAUAUUAAAAUUGGUAAGAUUGAUACAGAAUCCCUAAUUUAUCUAGAAAAAAACACUAAGCCUUGCCCAAAAUGUGGAAUUCAUAUUCAAAAAAUUGAUGGAACUUGUGCAUUAUACGAAGGGGUUGAAAUUAUCGUAUCUGAUUCAUCUGAAGACGAAAAUGAAACCUAUGGUGAUGAUGAUAUUUCAACAUUAGAUUCGGAAGAAGAAGAUACUGAAUCAUCUGAGGAAUUGCCACGAGAUUAUUUUGAUGAUACAUCUGAGGAAGAACAUGUCAUUACGACAAAUGAAACAAAUUCUUUAGAUGGUCUUGCUUCUGAUUCAUCUGAUUCAUCUGAUUCAUCCGAUGAAGAACUAACAUCUGAUGAAAACGAUACAUCUGAAGAAUCUGCAUUAUCUGAAAAAUCAAUUUCAUUUGAAGAAUCAACGUUAUCUAGACACUCGAUUUCAUUUGAAGAAUCAACAUCCGAAAAUUCAGCUUCAUUUGAAGAAUCGACGUCAUCUGAAGAAUCGACAUCAUCUGAAGAAUCGACGUCAUCUGAAGAAUCGACGUCAUCUGAAGAAUCGACGUCAUCUGAAGAAGAUACGUGUUCAGUGAAUUCCUCUACUUCUGAAGAUUCUUAUGAUUCUCAUAACUCAUCCGAUUAA